AUGAAGAAGCUAAGAAGAAGUACUAGGAAAGAAGAAAAGGCAUUAGUACAUAUUUCACAAGCAAGAAACCAAACAACAAAAAAACCAAACAAAGUUAAUAUACCUACCCAAAACCAAAAGUCCAAUUUCAAGAGACCAAAAGUGAAAUAUCAGGAAAGAAGAAUGUGUAUUAGUAAACGUAUUUUCAAGCAAGAAAACCAAACAACAAAGUUAAUAUACCCACCUAAAACCAAAAGACCAAUUCCAAACAAAGAAGCCAAGAAGAAGUACCAGGAAAGAAAAAAAGAUGUUAGUAACAUAUUUCACAAGUAA